CGCGAAUGGCAUCUCACAGACUUCGAUAUUGGGAGGCCACUUGGCAAAGGUAAAUUCGGCCGUGUCUACAUGGUUCGCACGAAAUGCGAGCCACACUAUAUCCUCGCCCUCAAGUGUCUGUACAAGUCCGAAAUCGUGCAAUCGCGGGUGGAGAAGCAGAUUCGAAGGGAGAUUGAGAUUCAGCAGAACCUGCGGCACCCUAAUGUUCUGCGACUAUACGGCUACUUCCACGACGAGAAGCGCAUAUUCCUUAUGCUGGAAUUUGCUGGCAAAGGCGAGCUAUACAAGCAGCUGACAAAGCACGGAUGCUUCACCGAGAAGCGCAGCUCUCGGUACAUCGACCAGAUGGCGGACGCGUUGAGCUACCUUCAUUCAAAACACGUCAUUCAUCGAGACAUUAAGCCGGAGAACCUGCUGUUGGGCAUUAAUGGCGAGCUGAAGAUUGGUGACUUCGGCUGGAGCGUCCACGCACCUGGGAAUAGGCGGACAACACUAUGCGGUACGCUCGACUAUCUUCCUCCAGAGAUGGUGGAGGGCAAAGACCACACGGAGAAGGUGGACUACUGGGCCUUGGGCGUAUUGACGUACGAGUUCAUUUGCGGCGCUCCUCCGUUCGAGGAUUUGACUGGUCAUACUGCUACGUACAAACGGAUCGCGAAGGUGGACCUGAAGAUCCCGUCGAAGGUAUCUCAGGAGGCACGCGACUUGAUCAUGAAGCUUCUUCAAUAUGACCCCGACAAGCGUAUCCCACUGACAGACGUUCGGCGGCAUCCUUGGAUCGUCAAAUAUAGGUCCAAAAGCCCGUCUACUUCGAUGCCGGGUCUGUAG